AUGUCCUAUUUGGAGGUGGAAACUGGUAGUGCACUUCGAUUGGUUCCACUUUCAAUCUUGUCAAUUCAUGAAUACUCGACUGGGAGUGCAGCAUUUGAUUCGUUUAGUCCACAGAAUAGUUAUGAAAGUUCGAUGGGAAUGUUUUGUAUGUCUCUGGCAGGUAGUUCUCUUCCUUUGAAUUAUGUUUCACAAGCUGAUAAUGUGAAAAGUAGUCAAAUUGAUUCGAUUAGUUUGCAAUCGAACAAGUUGAAAAUGAACGGAAAGUGGAAUGGACAAAUAUUCAAUUAUCCAAUCACUGAAUUUGAAGAUGGAGGUUAUACCUAUGAAUUAUCGAAUGAAAUUACUGUAAAUUUCCAUUCACUUUCCAAUACUCAACUCAACAUUCCAAUAACUUUACAGAGAUAUUUAAGUGCUGCCUUCGAACAAGUCAAUGCUCUUGAUCAUCCAGACGAAACAGCAAGAACAGCAGAUCCAUCCGAAUUAGAAUAUCUAUUCGUUGGAUAUUCCAUGAAUUCCUUUACCUACAAAGUUAGCACCGAUCCCAACAAUUCUCCAGAAUGGACACAAAAUCUUUCAGAUAACUACGCAUUAGAAACAGACAUCCCAACUCUCAUGACCUAUCCAUACUAUCGAGCAGAAUUCCACGAGUUGACUUCUGGAAAUCCACUCAUGACCAUCAUUAUUAAGGAUGGAGUUUUGACCAUGUCCAAGAAAGUUCUAGGAACAACUUCGAUGGAAUGUCCAAUGGGAUCUGUCAGGAAUGAAAAUCAACACUUUUAUCGUGGCUCUACUUUUCAUUAUAUUGCCUAUUCGACUAUUCAUCCAAUGUAUACUUUUGAUUAUUCCACUAGAAAUUGGAAGUUGAAUACCCAAAUUGAUGUGAGCUCUGCUGAUGGAAACUUGGUUGCCAAUCUAACAAAUUUUGAUAAUACUCUCUCUACAGAAAGUUCUGAUCAUUUAGUUUCGGUUACUUUAUCAGAUAAUGUCCUUCAAGAUUACGAAACUUUCUUCAAUGAACACGUCAUCAUUGGAAAACCAGAUCACCGAACUCCAAUCUCUUCCAUAACUGACCUAGCUCUCCUCCACAUAGACGAUCUGGGCAACUCAAUCUCCGGUCCUCUCAUCACCCAGGAAGACUUUCGUCAGGAACUUGAUUGGAAUUUUGGUUUUUGUGAUGAGAAAGUUGGUUCUCGAAUGGGAAAUCAAUUGUCAAACUUUUUUUCUUCGACUGAUUAUACUAUUGAACAAUUGCCAGAAUAUGGAACGAGAUUGAGUUAUGAAGGUGGUGUGCAAGUUGUAAAUUCUGGGUCAAUUGAGAUGAAGUUUUCAAAUCAUGAAUUUUUGCAAGAUUUCACAAUUGAAGUUGACCAAUCUUUGUUGAGAUAUAAGGAGCCAAAGGUUGAUUGGUUGAAUUUUACGGUAAUUCCUGACUUGUCUUCUAACGGAAGAAAUGCUACGAUUCAAACAGAUUCGUAUAAUAGUGGAGAAGCUGUUGGCGAGUUUAGUGUCGAAUUAACUUGUUCGAAUCAGAUAAUGAUAUUUAAUUCAACUGUGCAACUGUUUAGUAAUGUUGGUAGCGGUCAGAAUUUCACAUCUAGAUUUGAUAUUACCAGCGAUUUCGAAUAUUGUAACACUUUAUCGAUAGUUUCUUCUUGUAAUAUCAGAAUUUCAGUAACCAGACAGGCAUUAUGGACCAAUUUACAAAAGGAACUCAGUACCACAAGAAGUGUCACUAUUGAUUAUGGUUAUUUCAUUCCAAGAUGUCAAAUUCAAGUCAAUGAGCCUUUCGUUUGGAUUGAAACAAUGUUAUUAGAAUCUGCUUAUUUUACUCUUAAUCAAGAAAGAGGCGAAUUCACUAACAAUAUUUUAGUCACCUUGAAAACCAACAGUUCACAAUCAGCAUUCAAUCCAACAAUUAGAGCCUCACUUAUUCCAAAUAUAGAUAAUCCAUUUCACUCAAUUGGAGACUUUACUCAAAUAAUGCAACAAGAAUUUGUCACUUUGAAUUUUACAAUUAAGAGCAGUAACAUAUCAAGAAUUUUAUCUGAAAGAUCACAAAAUACCUUCUAUACAUUCAAUAUGAAUCUCACUCUAUUAGAAACUCAUUCUUGUUGGUCAACUGAAGGAAAGGGAGGUUUAUUUCCAUUUUCCUUCCAAGUUUUAUACGAAUGUCCUAUUGGAUACACUGGAAUACAAUGUGAUAUUCCAAUUUGCUAUGGUUUAAACUCAACCAAUCCAAAUGCAUGUUCAGGAAAUGGAAAUUGCAUUUCUCCAAAUAGCUGUGUAUGUCAUGCAAACUAUACUGAAGGAAACUGUUCAAUUCCUUUGUGUUUUGGAGUGAGGGGAGAUAACUCUGAGGUAUGCUCUUCGAAAGGCUCUUGUGUCCAAGCCAAUGUUUGUGGUUGUGAAGAUGGACACACUGGAUUGGAAUGUGAAAUUCCAAAAUGUUUCAAUAUUGCUGCUAAUGAGAGUGUUGUAUGUUCUGGUCAUGGAGAUUGUUUUGGCGUGAAUAAUUGUUCAUGUCACGAAUCAUAUUUUGGUUUGAAUUGUGAGCUUUCCAAUAUAUUUUCCAAUGUUUCGAAUAGUUCACUUUCUUUCAAUAUUUCCACCUCAAAUAACGAAACACUUUACGAAAAUUCAACUUUUACUUCCAAUAGAUCAAUCGUUAGUGAUCAGAAUAAUACUUUGAACUUCACCGAAAGUAUUAGAAAUUCAACAAUCAAUAAUUCGAGCAUUUCCAUUCCUGAAAACUCAAAUUCAACCAUUUCACAAAACUUUUCAAUGGAUUCUAAUUUAACAAACAUGGUUAUUGAUAAUUCCACAACCGAAUGCAAUAGUACAUUACUUACAAUGUUGAACAAAACUAUUUCUUCAAAUAAUAUUUCGUCUAAUUGUUCAGGUUGUGAAUUUGCAAAUGAAACAUUAAUUGGCAAUGUGAGUGAGAUUGUUAGAAACACUUCCAAUUAUACAUAUCCAAAUAAUACAGCUUCUAAUGAAGGUAUUUCUGCAAAUGACAGUUUAUCUUAUUGUUCGAAUGGCUUGGUAAACGAAACAAUGACUAAUUUAACAGUUAUUGGAAAUGAAACUCUCAUGACCAAUAACAGUACAUCGAGCAUGAAUUCAACUUCUAUUGGAAGCAAUAAUUUGACUCUUUCAAACGAAACUCUUGUCGAUAUGCAGAACGGAACUAGCUUGAAUAGUUCUAAUAUGGAAAACAAUACUUCCACAAUUUUGGGAAGGAAUGAGACCUUAAAUGAGACAAUUUAUGUCAAUUCAACAAGUAUUCUUUCAAAUGAAUCUGUUAUAACAAAUGAAACCUUAACCAAUCAACAAAGCAACUAUACUUCCAAUUUAGGAAAUUACCAUAACAAUACUAGUCUCAAUACCACCCUAAACCCAACCAAUUUAACACUCAAUGCUUCAACAGUAGCCAACAAUUCAUCAGAAAACCAUUUCAAUUUCUCAAUUCCAGUUUCUGAAUGGUCAUGUAACAUGACCACCAACAUAUCCAACCAAUGUUCUGGAAAUGGCCAAUGCACCUCAUCCAGAAACUGCUCAUGCAAUGAUGGUUUUAGUGGCCAGCAAUGUCAAUUCAUCAUUCCUUCUCCAAUUUGCUCUGGAAACUUUAUCCAAGUUGAAAAAAUCAUUAACAAAGAUCAAUCAAUUUAUCUGGAAAGAUUAAUGAUGGACAAAAAGUGUCAGAAAACAAUUCCUCUCAUGACAUAUAGAGAAGUGCUGUUGGAGAAUGUUACCUAUAGUGGAAUGAAUUUGAGUGAUAUUGUCAAGUUGUAUUCAGUUUUUGUAGAUUCGAAUGGAAAUAAGCUUAUUUCAUUCGAUUCUCGUUUAUUACUCGAAAAGAAAGAUAUGCUGACAGUUUGGAGAGUUGAUUCACAAGGGUCUUCCACUUCCAAAUUGACCAUUCCUAUCAAUUAUGGUAUUCACAGUGAGUCGACUGGUUCAACAUUUGGUUUAAUCAAAUUUGUUAAUCAAAAUAAUGAGCUAUUUGCCAUAACUAUGAAAGAUGACAGUUCUAUAAUUGCUGUUUUAAAAGUAGAUUUGGAAAGAAAGCAAGCAAAUUUAUUAUUUGAUUUUGAAAAUGAACUUCUUACCUUUUCGAAUAUUGUAAAUGGAAAUCAAGUUUACAAUCCAAUUACAAACAAGACUAUUUUCUCAGUUAUUGUAAACUCAAAUCAAUCCAACUCUUACCUUAUUGAAAUAGACCUAUCAAGUGAUCAGAAAAAAGUGUCAGAAUUGAAAAUUCCUCAGUUGACCAUUGACAGUUCACUUUCGCUUCUUCUUACAAAUCCAACAAGUGGUGAACAAUAUUUACUAUCAAGUGGACAAACAGAAACCACAAUAAGUUCCAUUCAACCAAAUAUAGAAUCUGAAAAUGUCACUUUUACAAUUUUGGCAUCUGAUUCUGAUUUUACAAUUUCCAAAUCGGAUACUGUAAUUGUUGAGGAGAAACAAGACGAAAGUGAAAGCAAGGUUGUGAUUCUUAAUGUUGAUACUGGUAUUUCACUCAUUGUUUCAACGAAUCGAUUAGUUUCUAAUAGAGAAAUCUUUUCAAAAAGUUCACAAAAGGUAAUUUUUGAAAAUCCAAAUAUUUUGUCAAUUAUGUCAAGUUCAAAUUUGGACUCAAUUUCACUUUCCAUUUCUUCCAUGUCAACUUUUAAUGUUCCAAUUGCUAGCUCAGUUCAAAUACAAAUUGAAGGAAGGUUGACUUUGACAGAUGUCAUUUCGUUUAUUGUUUUUAAACAUGAAGAAUCUGAUUCGAUUAUUGAAGAAUUACCAAUUCAGACAUUGAAUAGUCGUUCAUUAGAUUCGUCUUUAUACUAUUUCACUACGAGGGAUGUUUCGAAUAGUUUACCUAAACAACUUUUUAAUUCAAAAACAUUCAAGGUGAAAGUUUAUAUCAAAUUGUUGACGAAUGAUUUAAUUGGAAAUCCAAUUUAUUUUCCUACAAAUAUGGAAAUUACCAUGUUUAGAUUUAAAUUGGAAAAUAUUUCGCCAAAAUUUGGUUUUUAUGGAAAUGAAUUAAUUGUUGAAUCUUCAUUUAUUCCAAUUCAAAGUUUAAUCUAUGUGAAUUUAAAGAUUACUGAACUUUCGAAUAGUGUAAUGACUAUUCAGUGUAAAGUGUUAAAUCUUACACAUUGCAAAUUUGAUAUUCCAUUAAUAGAAUCUGUGGAUACAAUGGUGCAAGUCAAGUUAUCAAUCACUAAUCUUGGAUUAGAAACUGUAUACGAUUCUUUCCAUUCUUUCAGAUAUUUUGAUCCAUCCAUGGUAAAUGUCAAAGAUUUGACACAUUUUGACAUUUCUAUUACUUUCCCAGAUAUUCCAUAUGUAAAUUCUUCAAUCAAGCCAUUAAUUUCAUUUAUUCCAUCUAAUGAAGGAACUUUGUUAUUAUUCGAAAUGAACAAAAAUGAAGUUUCGUCUAAUAAUUCAGCAACUUGUGGAACUGAACUAACUCGACAAAUAGUUGGAUCCUCCGAUUUGUUCAACAUUUCAAAUUCAAUUUCGUUUGAUGUGAAAUUGUUAACUUUUUCAAAUAUCGAAAAUGGAAAUUUAUUUGAAGUUUGGAUUUCAAAAAGUCAAAACGCAACAUUCUUUGCUUCCUUAUCACUUUCGAAUAGCAUUCAAGAAUUAACAAUUGGUCAGCUCAAUAUCACUCGAGAUUCUGAACUUGUCAAGAAAUCAGUCAAUUGUCAGUUUAAAUCGAAUAGAUUGUAUCACUUGACGGUUCUUGUGCAAGAAUUUAAAAUUUCAUGGGAAUUGAAAGAUGUAGAACUGAAUGCUGUUGAAUGUUCAGCUCAAUAUUCAAAAGAUAAUUCCAAAUUACUUUCGAAUAAUGGAAAUGUGAAAGGAUAUCAAGUUGCUAUUGGUCAAAGUUUCGAAUGUAGUCAAUUAGUUUCAGAUACUGCGAUUAUUCCAACAUUAGCUUUGAGUGGAAUGAAGGAAGUUUGUGUUUCUUGUAAAAUAUUGAAUUUCCUGUCUGCAGAAAAGGAAAUGUCAAUCGAUUCCUUUUUAGGAGGUUUGAUUGGUGGCGUGGGAGGUUUCUUAUUACUUUCAUUGACAGUUUCCUUGAUUAUUUGUUGCAUUAUUCGAAAGAAACGAAUGAAAACAUACAAUUACGUCUACCAUUCCAGUAGAAACUUGGAACGAAACCAGACAAUUCAAGAUUUAUUCGCAAGUGCUUCUCCAUUGGGUGCUUCUGAGGAUUUCGAUAUUAUAGAUGAACAUCCUUCUUAUUUCGUCUAG